AUGAACUCAUUAAAAACUUUAACUUUAAAAAAUAUACUUAUAAAUAAUAUACAUUAUAAUAAUUAUAAUAAAUUAUUUAUUAAUAAUAAUAUAUUAAUAACUAAAAAAUAUAACUAUAAUUUAAUAUCAAUAAUAUCUAAUUUAUAUAAUUUUUAUAAAAUAAUUUAUUAUUUAAAUUUAAAUAAUAUAAGAUUUAUUUUUAUAUAUACAUUUAAAAAUAAAUAUAUUAAAAAUUUAAUAAAAAAAAUAUCAGAAUUAACAUUAAACUUUUAUUUUUUAUCUUCAUGGAAAAGUGGUUUAUUUACAAAUAAAACAACAAUAAAUAAAAAAAUAAUUUUAAUUAAAUCAAUUAUAUUAUUUAAAAAAUUAUUAAUAAAAAAAUAUAUAAAAACAAAAAAUAUAAAAUUAUUAAAAAUAAUUUUAAAAUUAAAAUCAAAAUUAAAUAAAAAAUUAACAACAACAAAAUGUUUAAUAAAUAAAAAUAUUUUAAAUUCAAAUUUUUUAAUUUUUUUAUCACCAAAAAAAGAUAUUAAAAUAAUAAAAGAAGCAUAUUUAACAAAUAAAAUUAUUAUUAUUUUUGAACAAAUAAAAUCAAAAUUUAGUGAUUUUUCAAUAACUUAUUUAGAUAAUAUAAAUAAAUCAAAAUUAUUAUUUUAUUUUUCAUUAUUUUGUUCUAUUUAA